AUGAACCAUCGAAUCAUUGAAAUAAAGAAGCUACGAGGAGAGGUGAAGAUAGUUAAGGCUGAGGCAGACCAGGUGGUGUACAUAGCAGAUAUUAUAGAGUCGCAGGUCUAUAUUAAAGGAAAGUGCAUCAAGGUGGUGGCAAUCGACAUACAAAGAAGCUUCAUAGGCAUUAAAAAAGCCACGGCAACGGUGGAAAUAGCGCGCGCCAAGAACUCGCUCUUCCUGCUGGAGAACAUUCCUAUGUCAAUACUCGAGCAGUGUGUGGAGUGCAGGAUAGGAACAGCUGCAAAGAACACAGAGUUUCGCAUCAGAAGGAGCACAUGUCUCUCUUUGGUCUCUCUGGAGGAUGCAGAGAUAGAGGACAAAACGCCGGAAGAGAUAGACGAGAUAUGCCGGACAAAAAAGGAAGAGCAGCUGCCAGACGAGAUACAGGUCUUGCUGGAGAAUGGGGAGAUAAAGAGCAGCAUAUCAAAGAACAUCUAA